GAACGUUAAUCUGCGAUAUCAGCAACUCGUCUGCUAUCAUUACAACCGCAGAUUCGAUGCCCCUGCUAUUCAUACGCCAAAACUCCCCUACUUCGCCGGGGAUACACUCAGUUCGCGCGUUCUUGAGCCCCUCGUUCAAAAUAAUGACGGAAGCCCGAUAAUAAUCUUAUAUCAACCGAACAUGGCCGGCGGCGAGUCGAAAGCCGAAUGCGACCAAAGGGUCGCCAGGCUCUGGUCGCGCCUUGGCGCGAAAAAGAAGGAGCAUCUGGACUACAAUGGGUUGAAGAAGGGCUUAAGGAAGAUCGAUCACCCUCUGAAGAAUGCCGAUACUAUGCUGCAGGCUAUCUUCCGGUCGGUAGACACCAACGGGGAUGGGAUUAUAGAGUACUCUGAAUUCCGGGCCUUCGUCGAUCGCGCUGAGCAGGAGCUUUGGCAACUUUUCAAAAGUAUUGAUCGCAAUCAGAAUGGGGAAAUCGACAAAAGCGAGCUCAAAGCCGCUUUCUCCAAGUCCGGCGUCACGGUUUCAAAUUCUAAACUCGAUGAGUUCUUCGCGGACGUAGAUACGAACCAGGACGGCGUUAUCACUUAUCCAGAGUGGAGGGACUUUCUUCUCUUUUUAUCCGGUUACUCCUCCUCCGACCUGCAUGCCGUUCUAUCAUAUUACAGUGCCACGGGAAAUCUAAACCCGGAAGGAGAUGUCCACAUCAACGAUCUGCAGGGUUUAGGUACAGACCACUCGUUUCUUAGACAUUAUAUUUUGGCCAUCAGAACAUUUUUGCACAAGUUUUUCCCAGCACAUAUUUUGACAGCCCUUCUCUCGUCAGCCCAUGCGGAAACCCCGCAGUCCGCCUUUGCGAGAGGUCCCCCAGUCCGUGACGGCGAAUUAGAAUUGGAGUGGUUGCCCAUACCCAGGACCGUCGCCAUGUGGAUGUCCUUUCGAUAUUAUGAACAGAAGUUGACCGAGAAUACUCCUCAACUAGGUUAUUUUAUUGCUGGUGGUAUUGCAGGCGCCGUAUCAAGGACAGCCACUGCGCCAUUGGACCGUCUGAAAGUGUAUCUCAUUGCGAAGACCGGAUCGCCAUCUCCUGUCGUCACCGCCGCUAAAGAUGGGGCUCCAUUAAAAGCAGCCGGGAGGGCUUCGAGAUCCCUGAUGGAUGCGUUGAACGAGCUAUGGAAAGCUGGGGGCAUUCGCAGUCUCUUCGCUGGCAACGGAUUGAAUGUUGUCAAAGUCAUGCCUGAAUCAGCCAUUAAAUUUGGCGCUUAUGAGUCUGCCAAACGUGCUUUCGCUCGCCUUGAGGGUCACAAUGACCCAAAAAGGCUCCAACCCACUUCACAAUUUCUGUCUGGCGGAUUUGGCGGAAUGGUUGCUCAGUGCUUUGUCUAUCCUCUUGAUACAUUGAAGUUCCGAAUGCAAUGUGAAGUUGUCGAAGGUGGUCUGAAAGGAAAUCAACUCAUAGCGGCGACGGCCCGAAAGGUAUGGAACAAAAACGGCAUUUUCGGAUUCUUUCGUGGUCUGCCUCUUGGCCUCAUUGGAAUGUUUCCGUAUGCCGCCAUUGAUCUGUCAACUUUUGAGUACCUGAAACGCACUCUUCUUGCUCGGAAGGCUCGCGAACACAGCUGCCACGAGGAUGAUGUCCCUCUAUCCAACUUCACUACAGGUGCUAUUGGUGCUAUCAGUGGAGGUGUCAGCGCAUCCGUUGUCUAUCCAUUGAACGUUCUUCGAACCCGAAUGCAGGCACAAGGGACUGUCCUGCAUCCCACAACAUACAACAGCGUCAUGGACGUCGCCCGCAAAACAGUUCAAAGCGAAGGUAUUCGCGGAUUCUACAAGGGCCUUACCCCGAAUCUGUUGAAGGUCGCCCCGGCAGUGUCAAUCAGUUAUGUUGUGUACGAAAACUCAAAGCGGAUGCUUGGACUUCGGUAGGGUGUUCUGCUUUGGCAUUGAUUAGUGCAGCUUGUUCUAGCGCUAGUCUUUUGAGCAUGUCAUCAUGCGCGUCGAGGAACUGCCGAGAACGAAGUCUAGAUUGAAGAGCAGGGCUCUCUUCAUCCGCCAGUCCCCAGUCGUCAAUUUUG